AUGAUCGCCAACAGACUGAAGUCCUCCGCGGUCACCGCCACCACCGAGGCCACCAUCAGCACACCGGCACGGCAGCAGCAGCAGCAGGACCGAGGCCAGCGCACGGGCAAGGGCAUCGCCGGCGGCGGCACCGAAGGCCUUCCCGGACCCCCGACCCCCAUCGCUCACCGAGUCCACCGUUACACCGGGGCCCCGGGGGACGCCGUCACCAACAGCGCCAAAGUUCGCCACCACCAUCACCGGCGGCGGCGGAGGCAGCGGCGGCAGCAGCAGCAACACGACGCAGCCCAGCGCAGCCCAGCGCCCAGCGCAGCCCAGCGGCCUCCCGGCACCUCUCCCGCCGCCGUCCACCGCCACCACGGGGUCUCCCAGCCCUCUGGCACCGGGACCCACUCCCCACCGCCACCCACCCCCACGUGCCACGUGCCGCUCCUUCCAGCCUCCAGGCUCAAACCCUCCAUCUACCACCGACCCCUUGGACCCCACACCCACGUCCUACACUCAAGGUGCACAGGUGCAGGAGAGGCGCCGGGCAGGGUGCCCUGCCGCACCCGAGCCCCCGCAGACACCCUGCCUCAGUGGCCAGCCCCACUCUCGGCCAGUGCCCGCCGGCGCCACACGUCCCGGGCCCUCACUCCACGCACACACCCGGGGUGCUGCGGGAGAGUCCAAGCACCCACGGAGGCCCGAGGCGCCCGGCCUGUCGGUGGCCUCGGCUGGGGUCGGACGUCCCGGACUGUCGGGCCUGGGGCGGAGCGAGACGGGGAGCCAGGCGAGCGUCCGGGGGAGGCGGCCGCGAGACGCCGAGACCUCCAGUCGGCCCACCUGCCGGCCAGCCAGCCAGCGAGGCCAAAAGGCUUGGGCCGGCCCGACGGAGCCCGCCAGGCAAGCCAGCCUUGGGCUCGACGGGCGGGUGGCCUCGUGCGCACGCGCAGCCUCGGUCAGCUCGGGGCCAGGGAGACGCACGAGCGAGCUUCGGCUAAAAGGGGUGUGCGGCGGCGGUCUUGCGAGAGGAAGAAGAAAGGCUUCCCUGACCGGGAAUCGAACCCGGGCCGCGGCGCCUGCCCCGACGUGCCGGCCGUGCCGCAGCUCUGCGCCGUCGCGGGCGCCACCAGCGGCCGCCCGGCGCCCCACCCGCGCCACCCCCACGCAGCCCUGGCUGCUCCGCAGGCACGACCGCCCGCCGCCUCCGCCGCCCGCCUCUGGGGGGCGCUCUCGCCGCCCUGCGGCUUCCCGGCGCGGCGGCGGCGCCCGCGACCAAAAGAGGGCGUGUCUCGCCUCCCGUCGGGGAAUCGAACCCCGGUCUCCCGCGUGACAGGCGGGGAUACUCACCACUAUACUAACGAGGACGGCGGCGGCGGCCCGGCCCGGGCGCCCGACCCCUCUCCGCCCGCCCGCCCGGCCCGCCGGCCUCCUGCCUGCCGCACCACGCCCACCCGGGCCCCUCGACGAUCCCGCUGCGCCCGUCCUGCCAGUGCGCCCGCCACGUGCCCCGGGCCACGGCCCACCCGGCCCGACCCCCCGGCCGCCGCGUCAGCGCGCACAGCAGUCCCCCGGCCCGACUCGGAGCGUCGCGCCCCGGACCCGCCGCCGCCCCCGCCCCCGCCCAGCCGCGCGGGGAUGGCGGCGGGAGAAGACGCCCGACACGGCAAGCAGGGCUGCGCGAGCGAGCCGGAGGCCCCGCGCCGGGGAUGGGGCGCGCGGGCGGCGGGGGGCGGCGGGGGCGGCGGGGGGCCGGACGCCGGCAGCAGGUCUCCCCUGGAGGCGUGGGUUCGAAUCCCACUCCUGACACGCCCACCUUUUGGCCCGCCCAACGCGGGCUCUCCGCACCCGGGCCUGGACGACGCCCUGUCUGUCCCGCACUUACACGCCGCUGCGGGCUGCGGGCUGCGGGCUGCGGGCUGCGGUGCUGGCGGAGCGCCUGGCACACGUGGGCCCGGGACCCACGCAGCUGCAGCGCCUCGGCCCUCCCGGCCACAGGCUUUGGCGCCCCCGCGCCCUCCCUCCCCCGCCACCUUCCCGCGCCUCUCCCUCCUCCUUCAUCCCGGCGGCCGCGGGCCUCGGCCAACUCGGCAAGUCGGCGGCACGGCUCUCCGGGGGCUCCGUUUGCCCUCUUCCUUCCCGCCGCCGCCCCCUGCAGGCCAGCCGCGGGCCGAAAUGCCGGCAGCCCCGCGCGGGCCGGGCCACGCUCCCAGCUGA